UUAUAAUCAUCAUUAUGCCGUCGGUGUCAGAAAUGGCUUCUAAUGUUUUUAUUUUAGACAAUGGCGGUUUUACUGCUAAAGCAGGAUUUGCAAACGAUUCUGAACCAAGAAUUAUACCAAAUUGUGUAAUGAAAGCUAAAAGUGAAAGAAGAAGACAAUUCAUAGGAAAUCAAAUAGAAGAAUGUAAAGAUUUUUCAAGUCUUUAUUAUAUUUAUCCAUUUCAAAGAGGAUAUAUUGUGAAUUGGGAAAUAGAAAAGCAAGUCUGGGAUCAUAUUUUUGGCAGUGAUUUUUACAAUGUUGAUUUCAAGGAGACAUGUUUAAUUGCUACUGAACCUUACUUUAAUUUUGUUUCGAUGCAAGAAAGUAUGACAGAAAUACUACUAGAAGAGUAUAAGUUUCACUCAAUUUUAAGAACUAAUCCUGGGACACUGUCUGCUUACAAACGUCAGAAGGAAGCACCGACUGAAAUGUGUUGUUUGGUAGUAGAUUCAGGGUUUUCUUUUACUCAUAUUAUUCCCUACAUCAAAGGUAAAAAACUAAAGAAUGCAACUCGUAGAAUAGAUGUUGGAGGGAAAAUUUUAACAAAUCACCUGAAAGAAAUUACAUCAUAUCGACAAUUAAAUGUAAUGGAUGAAACAUUUGUAAUGAAUCAAGUGAAAGAGGACGUUUGCUAUGUUUCGACAGAUUUUUGGAAUGAUAUGAAAGUAGCUAAGUUAAGAGGUAAACAAAACACAAUUGUUAGAGAUUAUGUGCUACCAGACUAUACUGUCAUUCGAAGAGGCUACGUUAGACCGUUAGAGGAAACAACUGGCAAACCAAAAGAAAACGAGCAGUUGAUCAGAAUGAACAAUGAGCGUUUUAUGGUACCAGAAGUUCUCUUUAAUCCAUCUGAUGUAAAUAUUGAUGAAAUGGGGAUUUCAGAAGCAAUAAUUCAUUGUAUUGAAGCGACCCCAGAAGAUGUCCAACCACAUUUGUAUAAAAAUAUAUUAGUUACUGGAGGAAAUGCUAGUUUUCCUGGUUUUAAAGAACGGGUUUAUAAUGAUGUUAGAUCUGAGGCUCAUCACCUAUUAGAUGUAAAUGUUACAGCAGCUGAAAAUCCUGUAACAUAUGCAUGGGAAGGCGGAGCACAGCUUUCAAGCGACCCUGAAUUUGCCAAACUCAUAGUUACACGAAAGCAGUAUGAAGAACAUGGUUUACCAUAUUGCUUGGAAAAAUUUGAUGUAUAAAAAUAUUUUUGUAAAUUAUAAACAUUUUCCUUUAAUUUAUGUAAAAUAUAUAAUUUUUCUCAUUCUUA